CGGAUCAUCCAUGAGGAGACCCCGUGUGAUGAGAGCGGCUCUCCGUCCCUGAGCGCUGCUCUGCGGUCAGUUUGAUGUCGGCUCUCGGCUCUCUCCGUGAGUUGUCGGCUGCUCUCCGGCCGCCGCUGCUGCUCCGCCCCGCAGGAACUGUGCGUUUCGCGGUAAAAUCAAGUCUAAGCAGACAGAGACACAACAGCAGAAACACCGUAAACAGAAACAUGCCGUCCAACGUGGAGAUCAAAGCCAGAGUGAGCGACCCGACGCAGUUCGCCAAGAAGGCCGCCCAGCUCAGCCAAUCAGAGGGCACGAUCAUCAGACAGCACGACACGUUCUUCAACUGCAGCCACGGACGACUGAAGCUGCGAGACUUCAUGAACGAGUCAGGUCAGCUGAUCUUCUACGAGCGUCCCGACACCGAUGGACCCAAACUGUCGCGUUACUCCAUCAGUCCGACCAACGACCCGCCCAGCCUGCGGGCUGUGCUCUCAGACGCUCUCGGGGUUAAAGGUGAGGUGAGGAAGGAGCGACGGCUGUUUCUGAUUGGUCAGACCAGAGUUCACCUGGACUCAGUGGAGGGACUCGGAAACUACAUGGAGCUGGAGGUGGUGAUGCGUCCAGAGCAGACAGUUGAAGAGGGGCAGCAGGUGGCCGAGGAUCUGAUGGAGAAGCUCGGUGUUUCGAAGGAGAGUCUGGUGACGGGAGCGUACAUGGAUCUGUUACUGAAGGGACACAAAGAGACAUAAAACAAACGCACCUCUGGAGACCGACCAGAGCCGAAUGUAGUGAAACAUAACAAACCUUAACACUGACUGUACCAUGUAACCACAGUAUCCUGUAGUAAUCAGAUUACAGUAAUCAGAGUACUGAUUAUUAGAGUUUCUGAUGUUUGUAUUUAGUUUCUGUGAAAUAUUUCUCUGUGUUUAAAUGUGAUGGAUGAUUAUGAAAGUCAGUCUUUUUCUAAAUAAAUGAACUUCAAACAGCC